AUGAAUCGUCAAUUAAUUUUAUAUUUGAAUGAAAUAAAUGAAGAUGAUCAACCAUUUGAUUAUAAAGAAUUAAUUCAUUUAGGAAUACAUUUGGAUUUUUAUAUUAUUUUCAUUAAAAAUCAUUCAGAAUGGAUAAUGUCAAAAUUGAAAUUUCGAUGUUUGAAAUUCAGUGCAUUUGAUAAAUAUCCAUGUACAAGUCAAAUUCUUUCACCUUUACAUUGGAUUUCUCAUCAACAAUCAACAUUUUCGACAACAGAAUUCAUUUCAACAACAGAAAUUAUUCGAAAAGAAAUCAAAUCAUCGACAAAUUUCAUUUUAUUUAUUUGUCUUUUAUUAUGUAGUCUUUUCAUAAUCAUCAUAAUCUUUAUUUUUAUUUGGAAAUAUUUAAUUAAUCAUCGAAAAAUUCUUUCUGAACCUUCAAUUGAAAAAAUAUCUUCAAUAUCUACAAUAACAAUCGAUCGAAGAGAAUCAUUUAAUCAUCAUCAAUCAAUGGUUUUAGAUACAAAUUCUGUUGAAAGACAACAAGAAUUUGUUUUAAUUUCAUCUACAAAUUUUUUUUAA